UGAUAAAAAUAUUUUUUUUUCUAACCAGAAUUAAUUUUAUCUGCCGAUCAGGCUGAGAUCGGUUCCUUUGUAGGUUUAGAAACCUUUUGAAAAAUAAUCCACUAUGUUUGAUGAUGCUGAUGAUUGGGAUGCUGAUCCAUCUAGUGGAUUUGGUGGACAAACAACGACCACUACAACUACGAGUUCCUUUGGUGGGUUUGGAUCUGGGGACGCAGAUUCUGGAGGAUUCCAGAAAUCUUUCGGAAAAGGCUCUAGUUCACAAAUGAACGGAUUUGGUGGAGACUCUGGUGGCGGCUUCGCUAGUUCAAGAAGCCGAGCAUGCUUCAAAUGUGGUGAAGAUGGCCAUAUGUCUCGCGAUUGCCCGAAUAGUGAUUCGGGUGGGGGCUCUCGCUCGAAAGGUUGUUUUAAAUGUGGAGAAGAAGGUCACAUGUCUCGCGAAUGCCCGAAUGGUAAUUCAGGUAGCGGUUCUGGCGGUGGAUCCCGUGCCUGUUACAAAUGUGGAGAAGAAGGUCACAUGUCUCGCGAAUGCCCGAGUGGUAAUUCAGGUAGCGGUUUUGGCGGUGGAUCUCGCGCCUGUUACAAAUGUGGAGAAGAAGGCCACAUGUCUCGUGAAUGCCCCAAAAAUGAUUCAGGAGGGGGUAGUUUUGGUGGAGGAUCUCGCUCAUGUUAUAAAUGUGGAGAAGAAGGCCACAUGUCUCGCGAUUGCCCCCAGAACACUGGGGGGGGAUCUCGUUCUUGUUACAAAUGUGGUGAAGAAGGCCAUAUUUCUCGUGAUUGCCCUAAUGGGGAUUCUGGCACUGGCGGUGGUGGAUCAAGGGGUAAAGGCUGUUUCAAAUGUGGCGAAGAUGGUCACAUGGCUCGGGAGUGUCCAAAUGCAGACUCCUCUGGGGGAGAUAGGCCUAAAGGCUGUUUCAAAUGUGGUGAAGAAGGACACAUGUCAAGAGAAUGUCCGAAGAAUGAAGGUGGAGGAGAUCGUCCACCGUUGUACAUUCCACCUCCGCCACCAGAAGAUGAAGAAGCGAUUUUUGCAUCAAUGCAAACUGGAAUUAAUUUCAACAAAUAUGAUGAUAUCCCAGUGGAAGUUAGUGGUGAUAAUCCACCGGCUUAUAUCACUAGUUUUGAUGAUGCUGGUUUGCCGGAAACAGUUCGCUCCAAUGUUGAGAAAGCAAAGUAUGCUAAACCAACACCAGUUCAGAAGUACAGCAUACCUAUCAUAAAUUCAGAUAGAGAUUUGAUGGCUUGUGCGCAAACUGGAUCUGGGAAAACUGCAGCUUUUCUGUUACCUGUUCUUGCUGGGAUGUUUCGUAAUGGUCUCAACACGGUAGAUUCUUUUUCAGAUAAACAGUUACCACAAGCAAUUGUUGUGGGGCCAACCAGAGAACUUGUGGUGCAGAUAUUCCUUGAAGCAAGGAAGUUCGCUCGCAGCAGUAUUAUAAAGCCUGUUGUAGCUUAUGGAGGAACAAGUGUUGGCAGUCAAUUACGUGACCUGAGUCGUGGAUGCAAUAUACUCAUUGCAACGCCGGGAAGAUUGCUUGAUUUUAUCAAUCGAGGCAAAGUGGGAUGUAGCGGUCUACAAUAUCUUAUUCUAGAUGAGGCUGAUCGUAUGCUUGAUAUGGGUUUCGAACCUGAGAUUCGACGGCUGGCUGCUGCGCCUGGUAUGCCCGAUAAAAAUAAUCGCCACACGCUGAUGUUCAGCGCCACUUUUCCUGAUGAGAUACAAAAGUUGGCCCAUGACUUUUUACGUGAUGAUUUCCUGUUUUUGACUGUGGGACGUGUUGGUGGUGCUUGCUCAGAUGUGACACAAACAAUUCUACAAGUUGAUGGUAAUGACAAGCGAGACACAUUGGUGGAAAAGAUUUGUGAUGUUGCAGAGACAAGGGCAAGAACUUUGGUUUUUGUUGACACAAAGAGAAAUGCAGACUUCCUGGCAAGUUAUCUUUCUCAAGAAGGAUUUCCUACUACGAGUAUUCAUGGAGAUAGGCUUCAAAGAGAAAGAGAAAUGGCACUUCGUGAUUUUAAGUCUGGGCAGUGCCCCAUCAUGAUUGCAACCUCUGUAGCCGCAAGAGGCCUCGAUAUUCCAAAAGUCGAACAUGUGAUCAAUUACGAUUUACCGAGUGAAAUCGAUGAAUAUGUUCAUCGUAUUGGUCGUACAGGUCGCUGCGGAAAUUUGGGAAUGGCAACUUCGUUUUAUUGCCAUGACAAAGAUAACACAUUGGCUCGAUCUAUGGUGAAAGUCCUGGCAGAUGCACAACAAGAAGUCCCAGAUUGGUUGGAGGCAUGUGCUGAAGGUGCCGUGGGUACCAGCUUUGGUCCAAAGGGUGGGCAGUUUGGUGCUCGAGACACAAGAAGUAUGGGCGGUGGCAGGGGUGGUAACUCCAGUCGUGCUAAGGGAGACUUCGAUUACAAUGAUGGUGGUGGUACUUCCACAGCGAAUACAAAUAGCGGAGGUGGCUUUGAUGACGACAAUUGGGGAUAACAUGCAUACAUAUGCGAUAUGCAGAUGUCCUUAUCAUGUACAUAGACUUUUGUAAUCUGUCUAUAUUCAGACAGUUAAAUGAAAAUUUCAAGACAAUUUUUGUGUCAGUGUGCAGUAUUGAAACUGAGUUAUAUUUGUAGUUCGCAGCCAAGCAUGAUUUAGUAAUUCAUGGUGAUAUGGUAUUGAAAGGUAGAUGUUUCGAACCCUUUGAAUACUUUCAGGUUGCUUUUUGCCUAAAAUGAGUAAAAAAAAAGUGUGAAUUUUAACCACUGUAACCCAAGGCAACACUGUUCUCAUUUUUUGUGUUUGCCUUUACUUUCACAGUGCAAAAAGAGAUUUGACAAGUGCAGUUCUCAUGAAUAUACUCUCAUAUUUUCACUAACUAUAAAAAUUAGUGAAUUGUUUUCUGCAUACAUCUUGCCAAGAAUGUGGAUCCGGUUGUCAAUUGUUUUUUAACUGAUAACUUCAGGUUAAUUUUUUUAUCAGGUACAUGCAUCACAACACUGUUUUUUUUUAUAUUCUUUUUCAUUCCAUUUUGUGCUUUCAUUUGACCACUGUUAUUACACACUUGUUCUGUUUUAUUUUCCUUUUACCAAGCUGGAUAGGCACCAUGGUAUUUUCAGUCAAUAUGCAAAGUACUUAACUGUAUGAUCUCUCUAGGUACUAUUUCCCAAUAGCCAAUAGCAUGAGGAAAGCGCACUUUGCCAUAAGUCUGUCAACAGAUUUGACUAUUUGGAAAUAAAUUAUGUCCUUUUAAACAUCUUGUGUAAAUAAUUUCUGCAACCACGUCACAUACACACUGUUAACUUUUGUUCUUGCCAAGUUUUUCAUAUUUUUCGUUCAUUUCUUUGCAAUAAAAAUUUGUGUUUUGCACCUCA